AUUGACCAAUCAAAAAAUCAGAAAAGAGCGGUCGAACUGAGUCGCAUGUGCUGCGAAAUGAGAAGGAAAAUGCACUAAGUUUACUGCUAAAUUUUAUACUCAAAAAUUGCUGUAAACUCACAUUUAUAGUUACUGGGGGGAAGUUUACAAAAUGGUGGACCAGCCUGGCGCUGGAGGAUCACAUUCAUAUAAAAUUCGUGGCCAUUCGCGGCAGAGACACUCUGCGAAACCGUACUCAAGGCCGUCAGUUAGCAAGAAGGGUGUUUUAGAGACAGUCAAAGAUUUUUUCUCUCCCGCAUGGCUUGUGGAUAUAUGGAAAGGAAAAAGUUCGGAACAAGAAGUGGAAGAUGAUUUAGAGAUCGAGGAUGGAGUAAAUGAUCAACCAAGAACGCAAGAUAGCCCCAACCGCGAUUAUGAUUUUACAGAGGCUCCAGGAACUUCGGCCAAUUCUGAUCGAAGUGUGGGGAAAGUUUUUGGAAAUGGAGGGGUACAUACCCAUGGUCUCCCAAAGGGCAAAAAUGCAUUAUCGACUUUUCUUACUGCAAGAUCACACGUCCGAACUAACAUAGAGUACGCAACGAUACGAGAAAGCGAGACAGAGAGUUCUUAUAGUAGGAAAAGUGUCGUUGACGGUGGUUUGACCAGAACAGAUAAAAUCACACCUAAAGAAGUGAGGUUUGGCCAAGGAGUUUCGGAUUCAGAAAUGACAGAAGAGCCCUCCACAUCUGAUGGACCAGCAAAACGCCAGCAAUCACUAGGAAUAUCUCUACUGCAAGCUGACCCAUCUCGGCCAGCUUUGCCCUCAUCUUUUUUUACCAGCACCCCUAUGCCUGGAAUCCCUCGUACCAGUGAGCGCAGCACGCCAGAUACACCCCUUAAUUUGUCCAGGACCCCAGCACAAACCCCUUCCACAUCAUUGCUCCAAUUUGGUGGAGCAGUGAAUGAAAGUCGACGCAAGCCAGAAUCUACACUAAGUAACAGACCUUCAUUCUCAGUGACUGCCUUUGGGUCUCCCUUACCGCCACGGUCGCAGAGCAGGAGUAACGUCCAUCCAUAUUCAUCACCAUUUUACUCUGGGAAGACCUCAUUUGGUGGUGCAUCGCAGACUGCUGGCAGAAAACGCAUGAGAGUCUCUUCCCCCAAAACAACAGAGACAACUCAACCAGUUAGGAAGCAAAUCAGGCCAACGCCAGUUGCAGCAUCUGGUGGAACUGCAAGUCAGACAGCCAAGCGCAUACUAGAAGCACUUGAGAAGAUGUCUACACCUCUAAUUGAUGCGAAAAAGAUCCCUCCAUCUCCACCUUUUUCAACAUCGUCAUCACCAUUAUCAUUCACUCAACCUCAAAAAAGAAGGGUACCUCCAAAUACUAGACCUGUUGGAUCUCCUCGCAAACUACAGGCACAAUUUGGAGCUCCACCUGUACAACCACUCUCAGGCCCACAAAGAGCUUCUAUAUCCCGGGUAACACCCAGAACAACUCCUGACAAGCCAACAUCUUCCAGCACUCCUGUAACGAUGGAAACAGAAUGGCCAAUGGAAUCAACUGCCGGUCUUUCAUCUAGAAGCAUCAUGAAUAGAAUUGGGGCAACUAAGUCUACAACAUCAACAUCAACAUCAACAUUAACAUCGGUCUCACAGACACUCCCAGUUUUCACUCCAACUCCACUCCCAAUCUCACUCUCACCUGAAACAAGCUCUACUCGGGUUGGUCGUAAAAUAAGGAGAGAGCGCACCUCUGGGCACUAUACUUUAGGGAGGACUCGUCAAGAAGAAGAAGAGGAUACUGAAACUGUCAAUCCUUUACCUGAAGUGACAUCAGCGGUUCCUCUUCAGCUACAAAGUGGCAAAUCACUUCCUACAUUCUCCUUUACAGCUUCUAUUAGUUCAACAACCUCUAAAAAGACAGACACUGCACCUCCUUCUACAGCUACUGAUAUGGCAAAGAACAACUUCAAAUUCUCAGCACCUGCACCAAAGAUCUUUAAUCCAUCGAUUCCUGCUUCUAAGAAAACUUCUCCAAAUACUAAGGCUUUUUCAUUUAGCAAACCAGCAUCUGUCAAACCAAGUGAAAAUUCCACAAGGUCAGAUGACAAGAAAUCCUCUGCUCCUGCCACCAACCUUCUAGAAGCAUUCAGACCCCCGCCAGGAUCUUGGGAGUGUGGCACAUGUAUGAUCCAGAACAAAGCUGAUGUUACCACCUGUGUGGCCUGCGAGGCAUCCAAACCUGGCAGCAAACCUGCACCAUCUGCCACCAGUUCUACCAGUAACGGCCUGUUUAACAAACAAGCACCCCCUGCUGGCUCCUGGACAUGUGACACUUGUUUGAUUAGCAAUAAGGAGGCGGACAGUAGGUGUGCAGCUUGCCAAUCACCAAAACCUACUAGCAGUGGUGCCACAGCAACAGCCAAAAUGAACAUUAAUGUAGAUGACAAUUUAAGGAAAAAGUUUGCUCCUCCUGAAGGUUCGUGGGAAUGUGACACUUGUAUGGUUAAUAACAAAGGGAGUGAUACCAAAUGUGUUGCUUGUGAGACAGCUAAACCUGGAGCAAACAGCACAGCGUCAAAAACACCAGCAUUUGGAGCUUCAAGCUCGACUUUCCCAGUCUUGGAGAAGUUUGCACCUCCUCCAGGCUCUUGGACUUGUGACACUUGCAUGAUUGUCAACAAAGCUGAGCACUUAAAGUGUUUGGCUUGUGAGACGCCUAAGCCAGGAGCCAAGCCAGCAGAGACAUCGGGGUUCAAACCAUCAGUCAACUCAUUCUCUAACAGUCCAUUUAAAUUUGGGGUUGACAAAUCAGAGCCAGGUUCCCUGCCAACAGUUAAGUUUGGAGUUACGACAACAGCGGACGCCUCCUCAAUGCCUAAAUUUCAAUUUGGAUCUUCAGGGUCUAAAGAUACUGCAGUGCCCUCUGUUAAAUUUGGAGUAAGUUCUGAGUCAUCAGAUAGUAAAGCAGCACCUGGUGGUACAGCUAUAACAUUUGGAGUAACUAAGUCAUUAGAGGAUAAGCCCAAGAUAGGAGGUGCUACAAUUAAAUUUGGAGUCAGUUCUGAAACUUCAGAUGGUAAAUUGAAAGAGUCUCCAGCUCCCUUUAAAUUUGGUACCGAGUCUGGGUCUACAUCAGAGGGCAAGACAACAGUCCAGUUUGGAUCUGUUUCGAACAGCAGUGAAGGGAGCAGUAAGCCAUUAUUUGGUACAGCAGGGGGGCAAUUGUCAAGCACUCCAAAGAGUGGUUUUACUUUUGGUGGUGAUUCUGUCUCAUCCUCUAAACCUGUGACUGCCUUUAGCUCAACCAACUCCUCAACAGCCUCCAAACCAUCCAUAGCAGAUGCCGCUGCGCUGGGCUUCCUCAAGGUGCCCGCUUCCACCCCACCAGACACAACCCCAUCAGCGAGUAGUCCGGCUGAUACCAGCUCUAGUAGUAAACCAUCUAUUGGGGAUGCUGCAAAAGCUGGAUUUUUAAAGAUUCCUACUGCAGGGGAUCAUGCACCUCCAAAUGUGAACUUGUUUGCUUCUGCCAGUAACUCCUUACCAGGGUUUACAGGACUUCCAAAGGCUGAGGUGCCCAAAGAAACUUCCACAUCUACCACCGCAACCCAACCUUUGCCAUUUGCAUUUGGCACUGGUGCCGCCACCACGACUGACGACAACUCAGCAAUCAAGCCAUUUACUUUUGGCAGCACCUCAGCUCUACCAUCCUUCCCUAAAGUAGAAGGAUCUAAGGGAUCUGAAGCAGCCAAACCUGCACCAUUCAGCUUUGGGGCAGGUGUUAGCAGCACAGCGGGGACUGGAGUAGCACCUACUGGGAUACCAGGAAAUGCUGCACCUACAUCUUCUGUUGCCCCAUUCAGCUUCACUGGAACAUCCACAACGACUGCAGCAGCCACAGGAAUCCAAGCCCCUGCAGCUGCUGCACCCUCCACAGCAUCCAAACCAUUCCAGUUUGGCUCAGGGGCAGUGUCCCCCUUUACGUUUGGCACAGCUACUGGAAGUUCUACUUCUGUUCCUCAAAGCAUAGCUACUGCACCCUUUGUUUUUGGUGCGGCCACAACUACUGCAGAAGCAUUGACAUCUACUAGCACUCCCUUUGCUUUUGGCGCAGCUACAACUACUGCAGCAAUCUCAACAUCUACUAGCACUCCCUUUGCUUUUGGUGCGCCAGCCACUGCUGCAGCAGCCUCAACAGCUAGUAGCGCCCCGUCUGCAUUUGUGUUUGGCGCCACACCAGUUGUGACAAGUACGCCAGCUGCUACUUCAGGGUUCUCAUUUACUGCAGCAGGCAGCAGCUCUACUGUUCCUAAACCUGGCUUUGGAGGUUUUGGGAAUACAGCUCAGCCUUUUGCAUUCGGUGCUUCAUCCUCAGUCCCAGAGGAGAGCAUGGAGGCAGAUGGUAAUAAUAACAACAACCAAGGGAAUGGGGCAGCACCACCCAUACUUGCUCCUACAGGUCCAUUUGGGGCAACACCUGCGAUAGCGUCUGCACCCUCAGCACCAGGGACGGGUGGAUUUGCCUUUGGUCAGCCAGCGGCAGCACCCAGCACUGGAUUCAACUUUUCUUCCUCCACACAGCAGCCCUCAUCCUCUGUGUUCAAGUUUGGGGCUGCCACGCCCACAGCGCCGGCUCAGUUCCCGAUGGGUGGGACACCGUUUGCUGCACCAGUGGCUCAACAACCAACAGCAGCUAGUGCGGGCGGUUUCAGCUUCACUGCUCCACCUGCAGCCUCGAAUCCCCCUGCCAACCCUGCUCCACCCGCAUUCGGCUUCACUGGCGCUACUGGAAGUGUAGGUGGCUUCACUGGCGCUACUGGAAGUGUAGGUGGCUUCACUCCAGGGGCGGGUGACUCCACGAACACAGGCAGGAGGGUGAUCAAGAGGGGUGUCAGACGAUCACGGCGCGGGGCACAGUGAGCACCAGAACAAGGAAUGGGUCACACAUUAAGCACCAGAACAAGGAAUGGGUCACACAUUAAGCACCAGACGCCAAAAUCGUAGAUUAGACGGCUAGAAUAGAUCAGACUCCGUCAGGGCUUCAAAAAUCCAACUACCGUCACUACUUUUAGUAGUCCGAAGAUCAGUAAACUUUCGCUAGCUAUUGUGUUAGUAUUGCAAAGCUAUUUUAUUUUCCAUUACCAGCGGCUGCAUAUAUUUUUCGUUGAUUUUAUUAUCAGCUUCUACCAGGCUAACCUCAAAAUCCGAAUACCAGUGAAAAGUUUUAUCAAAGACGUUUAUCCAUCUAUCUUAUGCAAACCAGUAUUGUAUGUAAACGCGAAUAAUAUGCUAUAAUAGGGGAUAGGUUCGUAGCGUUAAAUCAGUAGACUAGAGUUGAGCGAGUCGUGUGUUAAGUGGGGUUGGGAGAUGGCUGGUCAGUAACGAAAGGUUUUUGAAGGGUGGGGCAACGUCUUCGAGUUUGUGUAUGUAAGGGGGGGAGGCUUUCAUUCACAUGAUGAUGGUGUUUUUUUCUUGAAUUUAUUAGAGUACCCUCUUCCUUUAAGAUAUCUCUAAACCCCUCAGAUAUAUUUAUUUAUAUUUUUAUGGACAUUUUGUUGGGCUAGAAUGGUAAAUUUUCAGGGUGAAAAAGAAAAUACAAAUAUUCAUCUGCUUAUGACGACCUUGAAGCUAACUAACCUUGCCUUUGAGAACAGCUAAACUGCAGUUAACAAAUCCUUGAUUUGACCAGUGCAUCCAAAUGUGAGGGGAACGUAAAUGGGGUGGAAUAAUGAUGUUUAUAAAAUCCCUUCAAACGCAAAACAAUGCGGCUCUUGGUAAGCAAAUUUGUACAAAUUCGAUAAUUAGUAUUACCUUAUCGCCAUAUUAUAAAGACACUUAACCUAUUUUACUGUUACUAACUAGAUACGUAUGUAUUAGACGACAUUUAUAUAAGGAAUCUUCGAGAAACAAACAGCACACACGAGUGAGAGUUCAAACGAGCGGCGUGUUAGCUUAGUUAGACAAAUAAAUUUUAUUGGACGUUUUGUAAAUAAUAUAACAAGAAUUGGCUAUUUUGUAUAAAUCAAAACCUUGGCACAACUGCCAUCAAAGUUUCUCGAGGAUUCUAUGGACGGUGUUCAAGACUGCGUUUAAUGAUAAUGCUUUACGAGCAUAGAAGUUGGCAUGUCUGCAAACUCGACAGGAUAUAGUGACAUUGUUUGGGAAAUUCUGAUGAGGUUUAAAUUUGGAACAACUGGAAAAAAAGGGGGGGGAGGGAGGUGAAUGCGGGGUUCCAUGCAUGGGUGCUACAAACAUGCCAACUUUUGUAAUACAGGACAUAAUAAAACACUAAUUUCA